GCAGAACAGUCCUCCUGUAAGAGCCUAACCAUUGCCAGGGAAACCUGCGCUGGGCUCUCCCUUCAUUACCAGUAUAUUUUUUUUUAUUAAUCUGAUUAAUAAUUAUUUUCUCUCCCCUCCAAUUUAAUUUUUUUCUCCCAGGUGGAGUUGCCGGAAGCUGGGGGCACCAGGGGAGGGGGGAGGGGGAGAGGCAGGAGUUGAGGGCACGUCUCUCUCCCUUCCAGACCCUCUAGCCCCCCAAGGGGAGGAGGAAUGCGGGAGCAGGAGUUGAGAUAGGGAGCUGCAGAUGCCUCCCCUCUCCCCUCUCCCAGGCUCUCCCUCCUGUCCCCUUCUUGCAACUCUCCUUAAUUUUAUUUGGCUUUUUAAUUAUUGGAAAUAUUCUUUUUAUUUUUAAAUUUAUAUAAAGUGUGUGUGUGUGUGGAGCUGAGACAGGCUCGGCAGCGGCACAGAAUGAGGGAAGACGAGAAAGAGAGAGUGGGAGAGAGAGAGAGAGGCAGAGAGAGAGGGAGAGGGAGAGUGACAGCAGCGCACGCGGGGGCUCAACCCCCAGACCUCCAGAAAUGACGUCAGAAUCAUUUGCAUCCUGCUGCCUCUACUUGCCUGGUCCAGCUGGGACCCUGCCUCGCCGCCCGGGCCAGAGGGUUGGAAAUUAAUGAUCAUGAGCUCGUAUUUGAUGGACUCUAACUACAUCGAUCCGAAAUUUCCUCCAUGCGAAGAAUAUUCGCAAAAUAGCUACAUCCCUGAACACAGUCCGGAAUAUUACGGCCGGACCAGGGAAUCGGGAUUCCAGCAUCACCACCAGGAGCUGUACCCACCACCGCCUCCGCGCCCUAGCUACCCCGAGCGCCAGUAUAGCUGCACCAGUCUCCAGGGGCCGGGCAGUUCGCGAGGCCACGGGCCGGCCCAGGCGGGCCACCACCACCCAGAGAAAUCACAGCCGCUCUGCGAGCCGGCGCCUCUCUCAGGCGCCUCCGCCUCCCCGUCCCCAGCCCCGCCAGCCUGCAGCCAGCCAGCCCCUGACCAUCCCUCCAGCGCCGCCAGCAAGCAACCCAUAGUCUACCCAUGGAUGAAAAAAAUCCACGUUAGCACGGUGAACCCCAAUUAUAACGGAGGGGAACCCAAGCGCUCGAGGACAGCCUACACCCGGCAGCAAGUCCUGGAAUUAGAGAAAGAGUUUCAUUACAAUCGCUACCUGACCCGAAGGAGAAGGAUCGAGAUCGCCCACUCGCUGUGCCUCUCUGAGAGGCAGAUCAAAAUCUGGUUCCAAAACCGUCGCAUGAAAUGGAAGAAGGACCACCGACUCCCCAACACCAAAGUCAGGUCAGCGCCCCCGGCCGGCGCUGCGCCCAGCACCCUCUCGGCAGCCACCCCGGGCACUUCUGAAGACCACUCCCAGAGCGCCACGCCGCAGGAGCAGCAGCGGGCAGAGGACAUUACCAGGUUAUAAAACAUAACUCACACCCUGCCCCCACCCCAUGCCCCUAUCCUCCCCUCACAUACAAAUUGACUCUUAUUUAUAGAAUUUAAUAUAUAUAUAUUUUGGUUCUUUUCUCUCUUCUUCCAACCUUAUCCCCUGUCAAUUCCAAACAGACAAAACAGAUAAACAAACAAGCCCCCUGCCCUUCUCUCCCUUCCACUAUUAAGGACCCUUUUAAGCAUGUGAUGUUGUCUUAGCAUGGUACCUGCUGGGUUUUGUUUUGUUUUGUUUUGUUUUAAGGCCAUUUUGGGGGGUUAUUUAUUUUUUAAGAAAAAAUGAAAAAAAUUAUAUAUUACAAGGUGUGAUGGUCUGGUUUGGGUGAAUUUCAGGGGAAAUGAGGAAAAGAAAAAAGGAAAGAUUUUUAAAGCCAAUUCUCAUCCUUCUCUCCCCCCCCCCCCCCCAACCUCUUUCCUUAGGCCUUUUGCAUUUGAAAAUGCACCAGGGGAGGUUAGUGAGAGGGAAGUCAUUUUAAGGAGAACAAAGCUAUGAAGUUCUUUUGUAUUAUUGUUGUGGGGGGAGGCUGGGAGGAGAUGGGGGAAGACAGCAGACAAAGCUAAAUGCAUCUGGAGAGCCUCUCAGAGCUGUUCAGUUUGAGGAGCCAAAAGAAAAUAAAAAUGAACUUUCAGUUCAGAGAGGCAGUCUAUAGGUAGAAUCUCUCCCCCCUGUCUCCCAUCGUGGUUAUUGUGUUUUUGGACUGAAUUUACUUGAUUAUUGUAAAACUUGCAAUAAAGAAUUUUAGUGUCGAUGUGAAAUGCCCCGUGAUCAAUAAUAAACCAGUGGAUGUGAAUUAGUUUUA